CGCGAAAUAAUUUUGAGGUAGCUACGAUCCAGCCAGCACACCACCAUCCCACCCUCUUAUACCGCAGUGAUGGCCGACGACAAGAAGACCGUCGCACCGGCGACCUACAGCCAGCCGUCGAGGAAAGGCAAGAAGGCGUGGCGCAAGAACGUCGACAUCACCGAAGUUUCGUCCGGCCUCGACAACCUCCGCACCGAAAUCAUCCACGGCGGACCUGUCAAAGAGAAAGAUGCCGACCAACUUUUCGCUACCGAUACCACAGGAGAUGCCGAGAUCGCGCGCAAGCAGAAGAGCAAGAAACUGCUCAAAGUUGACGAGAUCCUCGCAGCACGCAAUAGCAAAGUCGACCCUCUCCAGCCGGGACGAAAGCGUAAGGUAGAGGAUCACACUGGUAGCGGCGAGGGUGGAAAGCGCAUCAAGGCCAAUGGCAGAUAUGUUUCACACAAGGAACUCUCACGGCUGCGAAAUGUGGCAGAUGGAGGGCAAAUUGGCAUUGUGGUCGACGAUCAGCCCAGCGACGAUCUGUGGGGAGCACCGCAACCGCAGCCCGAGGAGCAGUACACCUUUCUCGAGAAGAAGAAACCGAAGGUUGCGCCUGCUACCAUAAAGCAAGCUCCGACACCUCUCACAGUAUCUGGCAAAGCGGUGGCAUCAGUACUCAAACCCGCUGCUGGAAAGAGCUACAACCCACUCGUCGGCGAUUGGUCCGCUCUACUAGAGAAGGAAGGCGCAGCAGCAGUCGAGGCAGAAAAAGCACGUCUUGCCGCUGAGGCUGCCCAAGCAGAGCGAGAACGGAUAGCAGAAGAGGAAGCUGCGAAGGCGGAGGCUGCUGAGAAGGACGAGUAUGCUACGGAUUACGAGAGUGCAUGGGAGAGCGAGUGGGACGGGAUACAGUCAGAAGGAGAGGCCGAGAUCCACGUACAAAAGCAAAAGUCAAGAAAGACACCAGCAGAGCGGAAUAAGGUCAAGGCACGAAAAGAGCGAGAGGCGAAGGAGAAGUGGGAGAAGAAGCAAAAGCUAAGAGACGCACAAGAACGGAAAAUCAAAGAGAUCGCCAAAGAGGUGGCUGCCAAAGAACGAGCACGACAGCAGAGAGCCGUGGCAAUCGUGGACGAUUCGUCCGCGAGUGACGAGGACGAAGAUGGAUUGCAAGUACGAAAGAGGAGGUUUGGUCAGAUCCAAGUGCCAGAUGCGCCAUUGGAGGUCACGCUCCCGGAUGAAUUGCAAGACAGCUUGAGAAGACUUAAGCCAGAAGGGUCAAUACUGACCGACAGCUACCGAAACAAAAUCAUCAAUGGUAAGCUCGAGCCGAGGAAGAAAGUGGGCCAGGUCAAGCAAAAGCAGACUCAACGUACGGAGAAAUGGACCUACAAGGAUUGGCAGCUCAAGUAGAAUUAUUGUCUGCUACCACAGAGUCUUGCAACACAAACACGAGAUCACAUCGUCCUCGUUAUCUCCAACCAAACCUGGACCUAAUCGAUAUUCAUAUAAGAGGUUGAAUGGAGUAAAGGGAUCUUCAAUCAGUCGAUGAACAGGCACAAUAAGCCGCUCGGGACCGUGAGGUAGACUGAAUUUGCCUAAUAACGUCCUCACGGAGGCAGUUGCUGGCAUUGUGCCCAAUCGAGACAACAACGACGGCGACCAGUAGCCAUUGGGGUGCGCAGUAGCUAUAUGGUAUAUUCAGCAUCUUUGAAUGCCGGUGCCCUUGCGCUACUUCCAAAGAUGCACUUGCGUCCAUACACCUCGCACAUUCUAACUGUAGCACAGUGUCCACAUUAUCGCACGCCGAAGCACCUUUGAUAAACGCAGGUGUAGUUUCGACCAAGCAUCUAGCGAGGGACGCCCAC